GAUCGCAACACGCCCAGUCAGCAUGGGGUUCCGCGCGCUUGUCCUUCUCCUCGCGUUCGCCGUAGCCAACGCGGCGGCCAAAGGCGCAAGCGGGUUUGGCCUGGCGCAGCACGUGGUCAUCUUUGGGCUCGACGGGCUCGACGUGCGCUGCCUCCACCAAGCCCUCGACAAUGGCCUCGCGCCUCACAUGCACUACCUGCGCUCGCAUGGCGUGUACACGGAUAACGCCCGCAACAACCGACCGGCGGUGAGCUUGCCCAACUGGGCCACGAUCUUUUACGGGGCGAGUGUCAUGUUUCACGGCGUCACGAGCAAUGCGUGGAGCUACUGCGCGCCCUCGAAUCUCUCGGUGGGCAUCCCGUCGAUCUUGCCACCGUGCGUUGUGUACCCUGACCUCUUUUCGGUCACCAAGCAGCAGCACCCGGACGCGCGUACCGCCAUGUUGUACACGUGGCCGGGACUGGACGCGAUCUUGCCGCCAAAGGUCGUCAACAUCGAUACCCACGAAUACUUUGCCUCGGAUGCGACCUGCAACAUGACGCUGGAUGCGUCCCGCAACGCCACCGCCACCGCCAUCUCGAUACUCUCGAAUGCGUCGACGAUGCCCGAAGUGCUGUUUCUCUACUUGGACGAGGUCGACGACUGCGCGCACGAAGCGAGCUGCUUCUCCGAUGUUGGCCAGGCCGCGAUUGCCUCGAUGGACGCCAACAUUGGCGCCGUCCUCAAGGCCGUCAAGAGCGCGGGUGCAUGGAACUCGACCGUCUUCUUCCUCGUCUCGGACCACGGCCGCAACGAAGACGGCAUCGACCACGGAGACGUCUCGGCGACCAACGAGCAGGUGCAAUGGGCUGUGUUUGGCCACGGCCUGAGCAGCGGCAGUCGUGAGCUCAAGUCGGCCAUCUCGAUCGAAGACACGGCGCCGACGAUCGCGCACGUCCUCGGGUUUGCAUCGCCCCUCGAGUGGCAUGGUCGCGUGGUGCACGAAGUGUUUCUUGAAGCCAACGAGUCGCUCUACACUGCAGCCAAGAGCGCGUGGAACCUCUGCCUCAUGCAGUCAUGCGCGCCGCCAAACGACGAUGAGCCCGACGCCCCGAGCUCGUCCGAGGACAUCAACUGGGUGCUCGGGCUCACAUCCACGGCGGUUCUUGUCUUGGCACUAGGGCUCGCGCUCUGCAUUCGCUUCUACAGCCCUCGCAGCGGCUACGACGCCAUCUGAAGCUGUCCAUAUUACUCGGAAUCCUGAAUUGUUUGUAAGAAUUUUAGAAUACGCCACGUCUGC